AUGACGACGACGACGGGUUUGCUGGUCUGUCGCUCCUGCUUCGCGGUACCGCGAAGCAUCGAUGACGGAGGAAAAGAAAAGAAAACUUCCUCUCGAUUUUCGCGACGACAACACCUCUUCUCAUCAUCAUUAAAACAGCGUCAAAAGAGAGCAAACUCGUCGUUUGUGCCGUCGUCGUUUACGUCGUCGUCCAGAGGAGGAUUCGCACGGAACAACGCGAUAUCUUCGGACAACGCGACGACGACGUCUUCAUUCGACGAUGAGUUGAUUGGAGGAGGAGGAGAAGAUACUCCUCCUCAAAGGCAACAACAACAAAAACGGUUAGAGUUUGUUCGGUUACAGGAAGUAUCGAGUGAAAACACGAUUGAGAAAGCGAUUGCACGAUUACGCGAGACGAUAGAGAGCGAAUGCGGUAGGACGAGCAGCAGUAGCGCGGCGGGUUCUUCCAAAUCUGGAAUGCUUCGGUUUAGGUGUUUUGUGCCCAGAGACGCAAACGCUCUGCAGUUUUUGUCCUCGAUGAACAAAGGGACGAAGACAACAACACCGAACGAAAAAGAAAGAGAUGAAAACAGACUCGAGCGAUGGAAGAAUACGACGCCCAGGUUUUACUUUUCGCCGAGGUCUCCGCCGCCGAAACCGGUGCGACAAGAGAAGCGCGAGGAGGAAGAGGAAAUGAAAAGGGGCGGCGGAGGAGGAAGCGAAGAAGGCAAAGAAGUGAACGAGGAGUUUGCAAAAGACACGAGAGGUGCGAUGGCGGCAAUCGGUGCGAGUUGCUUGUGGACUUCAACGAUUCCUUCGUCGAAUGGUAUCGAUGAUGACGAUUCGUUGUUGACCAAGAGGCGCUUACGAGCCGUGAGGGAAUUUUUGAAAGUAUCGAAGAACGUGAAAGCGUUUGGCGCCGGGCGAUUCGAUCCUAGUUUUAUUUCGCAUUCAGUAGCAGCAGAAGUAGACAGUAAUAAGUGGGAGUGUUUUGGUUCUAGGUAUGUAUUCAUUCCAAUCGUGGAUGUGUCUGAAAGUAUAUCGUGCGGGGAAGUUGGCGUAAACAUCUCCUGGGAUGACAACGGGAUUGUAAACGAUGGAAGUUGCGCAAAAACGUUGGACGAAGCCGUGAAGAAGUGCUUGAAAUGCUUAGAGUCCAUCGAGGCAUCGUUAAAAGCAAGUGCAAAAGAAGUAAAAACAGCAGCAACAACAACAACAACAAGAACACCAUCGACGAAUAAUUCGAGUAAAAGAGUUUCACCGGAUGAGGAAACAUGGCAGAACGUUGUGAGUGGAACGAUCGAAAAGAUGAACGCUUUAGGAGAAAAUGAAGAAGAUGAUAUAAAACUCUUAUUAGGGACUUCAUUCGACGAAGAUGCGUUUGCAGAAGCUCCGAUGGGAAGCGCCGAACGAUUGCGAAGUGCCUUGAAAAACAUGGGAAGAAGGAGCGGAAUUAACGCGGACGAGUCCAUAUUGGAUGUUUUCGAAAACCUCGUCAGUAAGAACAGGGAUGAUAGCGAAAUUGAAAACGAAGAAAAUACGGGCGUUACUUUGCAAGAGCUGCCAGAUGACGAUUCUCCCCGGGAGAGUGAUGAUGACGACGACGACGACGACGACGCUAUCGAGCGAACUGAAAAUGCAUCAGGGAAGAGGAGUUUGCGCAAAGUGGUCUUGGCCAGGAAAACUACUUUGGAUGUUUCUGAGUUCGUAUCUGAGUGCGAAUUGAUUGAGUCGUUACAGAGGCGGGAUCCAGACGCGUACCAAUUCAUUUUGACGCACCCGAGUGGGACUUCAUUUAUCGGAUCUUCACCAGAGCGACUGUUCAAGUCAAAUAUUACGUCGCGAUCGGUCGAAUCUGAAGCCGUUGCUGGUACACGACCAAGAGGAAGUGAUCCUGGUGAAGAUGCUGCGUUAGCCUACGAUAUGCUUCUAUCGGAGAAGGAGCACGAAGAGUUUGCCAUCGUGAGAGAAGAUGUUCGAAAAUCGCUCGCAAAAAUUGCGCGUGACGGCGAUUCGGGAGUAUUCAAAGAGCUCGAAAAAGGAAUUCUGCGCCACGUAUCUGUGCAGCAUUUGUACGCGCGCUUUCGUGCAAAGAUCGACGAGCAAGUUGACGAAUCUGAUGUCAUCAGCGCGCUGCAUCCUACUCCUGCCGUGUGCGGAUAUCCGCGAGAUCUUGCUAUGCAAACUGUCCGAAAGUCGGAGACGUUUGACCGAGGUUUAUAUGCUGGACCACUCGGUUGGAUUGAUUCUGAAGGCGCCGAAUUCUGUGUCGCCAUCAGGUCAGCCUUACUUUCUAACGGUGAUAAUGGUGAUAAUAAAGUUGCAGAUCUCUUUGCCGGAGUGGGCGUGGUGAAGGCGGCAAACGCAAAAUCAGAGUGGCAAGAAUUGAAUUUGAAAACCAAACCGAUGGAAGCGCUGUUACUGCAGAACAAUAUCAGGAACAUCAAAGCUUUAGCGUACUUUCCGAAUAAUCCAAACGCUCGCGCGGCGUACGCGCUCGUGGAUGAGCUGGUAUUGAAUGGUGUUCAGCUAUUUUGUAUCGCUCCUGGUUCUCGCUCCACGCCUCUCGCUCUCGCAGCAGAAAACCACCCAUCGGCGAAAGUGGUCGUGUGCAUCGACGAGCGUUCCCUUGGGUUUUAUGCUUUAGGUUUUGGUAAAGGAGCCGGUAAGCCGUGCGCGAUUAUCGUUAGUUCUGGUACAGCAGUAGCGAAUUUACUACCUAGCUUUGUCGAAGCGCACGAAUCGCAAACUCCUGCAAUUUAUCUCACAGCGGAUCGUCCGCAAGAGCUGAGAGAUACUGGGGCGAACCAAACAAUCGAUCAAAUAGACAUAUUUCAGAACUUUCGACGUUACUUUGUCGAUGCCCCUGUUCCUGGAGACUUGCAGACGAAUGAUGAACAAGUUCAAACGUUUCGAAAUAUCGCUCGGGUUGCGUACGGUAAAUCCACUGACGUCGCUCACCCUGGACCGGUGCACGUGAACUUACCUUUUCGCGAACCUCUCGGACCGAGGCAAAAGAUUGAAAACAAUGUCAACAAUAGUGAUGGUGCGAGUGAAAAAAUGUCGUUAGCGACGAUGGAAAGUAUCAAAGAAGAGGUAAAGAAAGUGCGCGGGGAUACUAUUUCGGACGAUUCUCUGGAGAUUCAAGAUUUCUCCGUUUUUGAAAGCGCCGCGAACCAAAUGAAAGAAUCCAAGCGCGGUGUUUUGAUUAUCGGUGGUUCUGCAAACCCAAAAGACGCUUUAAUGUCAGCCAUGGCUGCUAAAGUACUCGGGUGGGCCGUUCUGGCUGAUGUUACUUCUGGCUUGCGCGUUGGCGUCAACGGUAGUCCCACUGACUUGAAUGUCGUCAAAUGUUACGAUUACCUCUUGUGUUCCGCAGAAGCUGUCGAAAGAUUUUCACCCGACUGCAUUGUUCAGCUUGGGUCCCGUAUCGUGAGUAAGCGAUUAUGUAAAUUUGUCGACGACGCAGCUGCUGCUGAUAACGUCUCCUACAUAGUCGUAGAUCCUUCUCCUCGGAAUUUUGAUCCCAGUCACGUUGUGUCACAUCGCAUCCAGUGUUCUAGGGACGUGUUUGCGAGCGCAAUACUUAAAGCGGAACUAUCGUCGCCCUCAGACGAGCAAAAGUACUAUGCAAAGACAUUCGUUGCGUGUGGCGAAAUCGUGUCAGAUGUACUCUCGCGACGCAUUUUGAAGAUGGAUGAACAAAAUGGGAUUACAGAAAUGUCCGUGGCGGCUGAAAUUUGCAAUGUGUUGCCAAAGUCUUCCGCAUUGUUUCUCGGUAACUCCAUGCCAAUUCGCGAUGCUGACGCUUUGACUGGAAUCAAAAUGUAUUCACAAUUCGAUGAAGAUAUUAUGGAUGAGAGUAGUUCGAUACUUGGUAAUCCGGUCGUUGCGAAUCGUGGCGCUUCUGGAAUCGACGGUAUCAUAUCAACUGCUGCCGGUUACGCUUGUGGUUUGAACCGACCCGUUACACUAUUUAUAGGUGAUGUAUCUUUCCAGCACGAUUCAAACGGCUUACUCUUCUUGCGCGAGCGUCCCGGUCAGCCUCCGGUAACUGUUGUUGUUGUGAACAACGGCGGUGGAGGGAUUUUCGGCUUUCUCCCAGUAUCCGAUGAAGUAGAACGCGAAACCUUCGAGAAGCUGUUCGCCACACCCCCUGAUACCAGUCGACGUUUGCUAUGCGAAGCUAACAGAGUAGCAUUUGCUCAUCCUAGAUCGAUGCACUCGUUUUCGAAUGAGCUUGCAACGAGCUACGGUGAAGGACGCCAUCGCGUGAUUGAAGUGACGACGUCCAGACCGCAGAACUUAGAAGAGCACAGAUCAGCGCAACGCCAAGCGGUACUUGCGGUCGAGCACUUUCUGAAAGUGGAAAAUGAUAUCAAUAAUGACUCUUCAAUAUUUGUUGAAAGCGUCUCGGUGAGCACUUUCGAUGAACCUCUUCGAGCAAAGGAUACAACCAAAUCUGAGCAAAAAUCCCGCCAUGGCUUUUUACUUGAGGUGAAACUUGGGGAUGGGACUGUAGGGUACGGCGAGUGUUCUCCACUUCCUGGUUUGCAUGACGAGGCGGAGUGUGCGUUAGCCGGUGCACAACUGCAAGUGUUUUGUGAGUCAAAACUUCUCGGCAAAAACAUCCCGGCUUCCGUAACUUCACUGAGAGGCCAGUUUGCAAAGUGGUUCGCUGAAAGCAGUAUCUCUGAGAAUACGUUUGCAUCCUUAUUUCCGAGCGUACGCUUCUGCAUAGAGACAGCAGUAUUAAACGCGCUAGCAAACGCGACGUCUGCACAAAAUCCACUGCAAAGUGUUCACGAAACUUCCAACAAUUACGUCUCCGUAAACUGUUUGUUCGACCCCGAUAUAGGAAAAUCUGACGAGGAAAACGCGAAAGAUUUGAAAAGGCUGUUUGAAGAAAGUCCAUACAAAUGCGUGAAAGUAAAGGUUGGUCGGGAUGAGAACGUGCUGCGCGACGCGACGAGAUUGAAAGCCUUCCGAGACAUUCUUGGUGCUGAUGUUGAAAUACGAGCGGAUGCAAACAGAGCAUGGUCUUUGGAAGACGCAAUUUUGUUUGGAAAAGAGCUCGAGCGCUUACGCGACGUCAACUUGCAAUUUAUUGAAGAGCCUACAAAAUCAGAAAAAUAUCUGGAAGAGUUCUUCUUUAAUACAAAUAUCUUUUAUGCUUUGGAUGAAACCGUUGAUGCGUUCAUCAAGACUCGCAAUAAAGCUUCUUUUUCAGGGGAUAUCGCGAGUAGUUUUUACAAACGCAUCCUCCGAAAUCGGUUGGGAUGUGCUGCGAUUGUUUUGAAACCAUCCAUAAUUGGUGGUGUUGAGAUUACGAAGGACAUAUGCGACAUCGUCUUAGAGCUUACGAGCGCAAUCCCGGUGAUAUCAUCGGCUUUUGAAUCUCCCGUUGCGAUGACGAUGAAUGCAAAAAUCGCAGAAACACUGGGGGAAUCUUCUACUGGGGGCGUAAUUUCUCACGGCUUGGACACGGGACGAUGGUUCGUCGACGAGACCUUGAAUCCAUCAAAAUCGAUCAAUGAAACAUCGUCUGUAUGUAUCGAACCCAAUUCCUUCGAGAAGGAAGUUGCAACGAAAUGGGCGCAAUCUCACUUUUCACCUUCUACUACUGCUACUGCUGCUGUGGAAGUAAAGCAAUACAACGUGAUGGUUGAAAAAGAAGGAGUAACACACGACAUUAGCUUGGAGGGAUACUUUCCUUCCGAUACCGCAUCAUCCUCGAAAACUGUCCUUUUUCUCCACGGGUUUAUGGGCGAUAAGAGUGACUGGUCGCCAAUUGCAAAGUCUUUGGCGACGCUCGGACACAGAUGCGUUGCUAUCGACCUUCCCGGACACGGUGAAACGAAAACCGAGAUUAUAAAUUCCGACGCUACAAGUUCCACGUAUUCCAUCGAAGGGAUAUCGGAUACGUUACGCUCAUUGCUUGAAAAGAUGGAGAUUGAAGAUGUUACACUAGUUGGAUACAGUCUAGGCGCUCGCGUUGCGCUUUCGCUUUCUCUCUCGUCGUCGAAAGAAUGGAAGAACAGCAUUUCUUCCGUUAUUUCGCUCAGCGGCACGUGCGGAAUGCUUGGAGACGACGUGAGUAAAGAGACUAGAUGCGAGCGCGACGCCGCGCUCGCUAAAAAUCUGAGAACCUCUCCGUCAAUGCUUUCAUUUUGUACAACAUGGUACGAGCAGCCGAUGUGGAAACCUCUCGUCUCGAGGGAUGGAAUGUCGAUUGAAGAAGUUGCAUGGAAACGCGCGACGUCCGUUGGAGAAGACAGAAAGGAUGAAAUCGCAAACGUUCUGGAACACGCGAGCGUUGGAAAACAAAAGCACGUGUGGGAUGAACUGGAAACGAAUGAGAGGAAUGUUCGAGUGACUUUUAUAUACGGCGAAUUGGACGAAAAGUUUGCGUCUAUAGCUGAAAAAGCCGUGCGAUUAAGUGGCAACGACAUCGACGCGAUUGAAAUCGAAAACGCCGGUCACGCCGUGCACCUCGAACAAGGCUGUUCUGUCGCGUUAGAACUCGCACAGGUGUUAAGUCGAUAG